GGUUUAAACAUUUGGACAAAAAUGUUUCACUUCAACAAAAAAAGGCAAUUUUCUCUGUUAAUGGCAAUUGUAUUAGCAUUAUUAUUGGUAGUUUAUAAAUCAGCAAAUCCAGGACGCAAGCAAAACCUAGCAGAGGCGUUGAAGAAACAAACAUAUAUUUCGCAUCGCAAGAGUUCCUGCAAAAAAACAUCAAUUGUGAUGAAUUACACAGUUUGUAAGACUUUGCCAGUUUUACCUAUAAUAUGUGGCGACUUGGCGGAAAAACGAGAUUUUGACCAAUUCGGGAAAAAAUACAAAAUUCCAAAUAUUGUUUAUCUAAUAAUGGUUGGGAAUAUUAAGUUCGACUUUCUUAAGUAUUUAGCUUUACGGUCAAUGGCGAGAAUACAACAACCUGAAGCUAUUAUUGUUUACUACACAACUGAUAUACCUACAAGUGAAUUCGCCCAAAAAGCAAUUCAAGAUAUACCAUGCCUCCGCUGGGUUAAAGUAGAAGACCCAAAAUUUGUCAACGGGAAACAGGCAAGUACUCGUGUAAAUCUUCUAAAUAAAUCUAAAUAA